UCUUCUGCUUGUCUGGUUUUCUUUUCCUGGGCUCUCAUCUGUCCUUUAUUUCACUUUUAUUUUUCCGCUCCACUGCUGUUCCUCCUCGUCUUGCUCCAGGUUCACUAUUGAUUUAUUCACUUAUCAGUUCUUACUUACUUCCUUCCUUCUUUUUUUUUUAAUUUAUUCGUACACUCUAUUCAUUUUGUUUCCCCUAACCUCUAAAAUGUUGUUAUGGCUAAUUGCUCUCAGCAGGCUUUUCUCUCCGUCUGUCACGCUGCUUCCUAUCAUGUGAUGACACUGUGGUAGCUUGUUAUUAGUGGCCUGUGGACUGCUGCUCAACACACUUGCACACUAACAGCGUCCCAGAAUUAUUCAUUUGGAGCCAGAGCCACGCCUGCUAUUACAAUACCAGAACUCCUAAAUGGCUGAGGAGAUUUUAAUUCCAUCAUCGGGGAAAAUCACUUCGCAACUGACUGGUUCUCUGCUAGCAGUGGCAUUCUUGACUUCAUUUGGGAGCUCUAUGUUGUAUGGCUACAACCUGGCUGUGGUCAACUCCCCUGCUACAUACAUAAAGAGUUUCUACAACAAAACGGUUGUGAGUCGUAAUGGGACAGGACUCAGUGGGGAGACCCUGACCCUCAUGUACUCUCUCACUGUGUCCGUCUUUGCUAUCGGAGGUCUGCUGGGCUCCCUCGUUGUCGGUAUGCUGGUUUCUCGCUUUGGCAGGAAGGGUACAGUGGUCAACACAACAGUGCUGGUGUUUAUGGCUGGCUCCCUUAUGGGUUUCAGUAGGAUUUGUGGUUCACCCGAAAUGGUCAUUAUUGGCCGCUUCAUCACAGGGAUACAUUCAGGGAUCUCUCUCAGUGUCGUACCGAUGUACCUCGGUGAGAUAGCACCAAAGAACUUGAGAGGAUUUCUGGGUCUUGUUCCGAGCAUCUUCAUAGGAACCGGGGUCUUUGCUGCCCAAAUCCUCGGCCUCCAUGAGCUCCUGGGAAAGGAGGAGUAUUGGCCUCUUUUUCUUUCGGUGGUGGUGGUGCCAACGUUCAUCCAGCUGCUGCUGCUGCCGUGGUUCCCAGAGAGCCCUCGGUACUUGCUGAUUGAGAAGAAUAAUGUUCAUGCCACAAUUACAGCUCUCAAAUGGUACAGAGCCAAGUGUGACAUCCAGGCUGAAAUUGAAGAGAUGCAGGAGGAACAGCGCUCCCUGUCCUCCGUAGAAAUGCUGUCGGUCUGGAGCCUGUUGCUGGACGAUUCAGUCCGAUGGCAAGUGUUGAGUGUGGUGGUUAUCAACAUUGGCAUGCAGCUAUCUGGAAUUGAUGCUAUCUGGUUCUACACCAACGACAUCUUUAAGAACGCCGGCAUCCCAGUUCCAGAGAUCCAGUAUACGACAGCAGGGACGGGAAUCAUAGAGAUCAUCGCCGGGCUCGUUGGGUGUUUCACUAUAGAAAAGGUGGGAAGGAGGCAUCUCAUGAUUGGGGGUUUCACCAUGAUGGGCAUCUGCAGCGCUGGAAUCACAUUGGCCCUCAUAUUACAGGUAAAGUUACUGUUUAUGCGCUAUGUCAGCGUCUGCUGUGUGGUUGGCAUCAUUGCUGGCUUCUGCAUCGGUCCAGCUGGAGUUCCCUUCCUGAUCACAGCAGAACUGUUCAAACAGUCCCAUCGUCCUGCAGCCUACAUCAUAGGAGGCUCCUUGAACUGGCUCUCUAAUUUCACCGUGGGCUUCGUCUUCCCCUUCCUACAGAUGUCUGCCGGGUCCUACUGCUACCUGGUGUUCGCCACAGUUUGUUUCUCGGUCGCCGUCUACGUUUACAUUGUAAUCCCAGAGACAAAAAACAAGACCUUCAUGGAGAUCAGCAGGUUGUUCUCCAAGAAGGAGUCGAUCCUGGAAACCCAGGGUCUGUUCCACGUCGACCAGCUGAAGCUGAAGAAGAUGAACGGAUACGGCGGUUUGGAGCACACGUCGCUGGAGUUCGACAGCUCCUCCUCUGUGCCUUAAACUCAGGUUUAGGUUCUGUGAAGAAUUGAUUCCGCUCGCCAAAACCACCCGUCAUUAGGCCUCCGUGGUCUUUCCCUUCUCCUCGGCACUUUGAUAUUUACAACUUCUGUUAAACUCUGGGCUCAAAGCCCAGUUCAGUUCAUCCAGUUCUGUUACACGUGCUCGGUAACUUUCAUAUUGUUCCUGUAUUUUGUCUUAGCUGCACCUCAGAAUGACGCUUUCACAUGUCAACACAACAAGACUGUGAGCUUAUAUAAUUGAACAGUUUAGAUAGAUAGAUAGAUAGAUAGAUAGAUAGAUAGAUAGAUAGAUAGAUAGAUAGAUAGAUA